CGAGGUUGCCAAGCUCAAAACACUUUGAUUAGGCCCUUUGCUUAUGCGCUUCACCGAUCGUUCUUGCUUGUAUCAUCGCCAACUUUUUUUCCCAUAAAGUCUUAUUUAGCAAAAGAAAAGGAAGGAAUAUCCUUGUUAAGUAUGACCAAACACCGGACAAUGAGCCAGGGAGAUGUCCAAGCGCUUAUCCAUCGAUGUCUGGUGUAUGGCAUGGUAACUUUGCUUGUUGUUUUAGUGGGUGCUUUGUAUUUGUGGCCAAAAAGUCAAAGAAAUCUUCCGACAAAUUCACAAAGCACUGAUUUUUAUCAUGUCUCUGGACUUGCUAGCAAGUUUAACAAUACCUACCCUUUAAGUAAACCCAAAAAAACUCCGCUAGGAAUGAAGUAUCGGAUUGGAAUCAUCGCUGAUUUAGACGAAAAUUCGAAGUCUUCGACCAUGAAAAAUACAUGGACUAGUCAUUUUAAACGAGGCUAUCUAACUGUUCAUCCAGAUAGAACGAUAAGCAUUGAAUGGGACGAGAAAAUAGUUGUGUUGUCUUCAACGCUGUCGCAGAAAGGUCGUGGAAUGGAGCUAUCAGAACUUAUAGCUUUCAACGGGAAGCUAUACGCCAUUGACGAUCGUACCGGCGUCAUAUUCCAAAUAAUGGAUGAACAUGUUGUUCCUUGGGUGAUUCUUCCAGAUGGUGAUGGUACCGAGAAGAAAGGGUUUAAAGGAGAGUGGAUGGCUGUAAAGAGUAAGACCUUGUAUGCUGGGGGGCUUGGCAAGGAGUGGACCACUACAGAAGGAGUGUUCCAAAACCAUAACCCUCAAUGGGUCAAAAGUAUUGGCCCUUUUGGGGACAUAGUCCAUCACAAUUGGGUUCCAAGGUAUGAUGGCAUGCGUGCUGCUAUGGGUAUUGCACCACCUGGGUAUAUAAUCCAUGAGGCUGGCAUAUGGAGUGAUGUCCACCAAUUAUGGUUCUUUCUCCCGCGACGUGCAAGCCAUGAAAUGUACAAUGAAAAAGAUGACGAACACCGUGCCACAAACGCCCUUAUCAGCUGUGAUGAGCACUUUAAAUCUAUUCACGUACGGACCAUUGGGAAGCUUAACCCAACUCAUGGCUUUUCAUCCUUGAAGUUUGUCCCUGGUACUAAUGAUGAGCUUAUUGUUGCACUAAAAACUGAGGAAGAUAAGGGCGUGAUUAGGUCAUACAUUAUGGCUUUUAACCUUGACGGCAAAGUUGUCAUGGAAGAAACUAUAAUUGGGAACAAUAAGUUUGAAGGUAUUGAGUUUAUAUGAGUGUGUAAGCAACCUAAUCUUUUAGUACUAUAAGUAGGAAUUAUGAAUACAUUGUAAAUGAUUUUAAUUUCUAUAAUUUUGGGUGUUUUAAAUCAGAUUUUUUUAAAAACAGUACUACUUUUGACUGCAAUCUGGGUGAGGCUUUUUUCAGUCCUUAUUUAUUAUACUCAGUCAUUAUGUCCUAUACUCAGAAAUUUUUUUUCCACCAUUUGCAUGAUUUUUUGUGCAACUAUUUAUUUUCAUUAUCCUUGCAAGUCUAACAUGUAUUAAAUCACAAUGUUUUUAUGGCUUCCAUAAAGUAUAAUAUGCUCUAGAAGGAACAUGGACAUUGACAUAGUGUUGCUUUAACAACAUAACCUCAAUUUAAUCUAUGAUAGACUUACAGCAAUGGAACCACUGUAGUUAAACUGAUAACCUCUGGAUAGCAAUUUAGACCUAAAUCUUUCCUGAAGUAUUGUAAAAUCUAUAUAGUGACCUACCAAGAACCACUUGAUCAGUUAUAAGCCGUCUGUGGGCCAUUAUCCACCCCCCAUUUUGAACUCCUGGAUCCGCUCCUGUAUUGGGUAGAUAUUCAGUAUCCUGGCAUAAUUUGUAAUUAAUUAUUACCUAAAUAAAUAUUUGUAAAGUAAUCUCAAGAUAAUAAAUGUCAGUGUAAAAUUCCUGUGCCAUAGAAAUAUGUGUAAAAAAAUGUAAUGUGAUCUGAUUAAAAAUAAAACUUAGAAGGAUGCAA